AUGAGCUUGUGGUGCUGUCCUGAAAUAACUGAGCUGAUGGUGAAGAGGCAGGAGAGGAAAACUUUAGAAGUCACAGAAGGUGACCUCAGUGAAGCAUCCCUCAUGGAGGGGCUUAAGGCUGUGGUGGUGACAGAGAUAAACUGUGUGACUUUCCCACACCCUGAUGUAAUGCCAGAGCAGCAGUUGCUGAAACCUUCGGAGUGGAGCUACUGUGAUUAUUUCUGGGCUGAUAAGAAGGAUUCUCAAGGGAACAAUACAGUGUCGGGAUUUGAAAUUCUUCUUCAAAAGCAACUUAAAGGGAAACAAAUGCAGAAAGAAAUGGCAGAGUUCAUUCGAGAAAGGAUAAAGAUUGAGGAGGAAUAUGCUAAGAACCUGUCCAAACUGUCUCAGAAUUCCCUGGCUGCUCAGGAAGAAGGCACCCUAGGGGAGGCUUGGGCUCAGCUAAAGAAGAGUCUAGCUGAUGAAGCAGAGGUUCAUCUCAAAUUUUCUUCUAAGCUUCAGAGUGAGGUAGAGAAACCCCUGCUUAGCUUCAGAGAGAACUUUAAGAAAGACAUGAAGAAGUGUGACCACCAUAUUGCAGACUUACGGAAGCAUCUGGCCAGCCGCUACACAGCAGUUGAAAAG